UCAACCCGUUCGAAGCUCCCGCUAAAAAAACAAGUCACACAAUAACCAUGGCUGAAUACAGCAGUGAUGAGCUCGUCGCACCCGACUGGCUUGACGCAUCAUUUUUCCAAAAAGUUGUUCGUGAAUUCAACAAGGACACAUCGAUUGUCGUCAAAAACAUCGCUACUCGUCCCGGAACGAAGCCUGGCGAGCAUUACGCGAGUGUCAUGUAUCGCACAGAAGUCACUUUCGAUUGCGCCGCAUCCAAAAACAACGUUAUCAAGUUAAUUCUUAAGACAAUGCCAUUCGAGGAGGGUCACAAGAAACAAUUUUUGCAAGAAACGACGGCUUUUAAGACGGAAAUGCGAAUGUAUGGCGAAGUGUUGCCGGAAAUGCAGCGACUUUUGAGAAGUAUUAACGACCAAACUGUGAUCGCACCUACUUUGGUGUACAAAAGUAACGAACCAGCACCCGUUAUUGUCUUCAUCGACGAAGGUCCGAACGGUUUUAAGCCCUACGAGUCGGCAUUAACGCAUGCGCAAGCUCAAGUUGUAAUAGAUCGCAUUGCCAAGUUCCACGCGUGUUCCGUCAAGAUGAACGAAAAUGGAAUUGAUAUGGCCUCGUUCAACGAUUGCCCAUUUGAAAAAGUUGAAGGUCGCAUGGAUUUCAUGGAAUUUUUCACGCCAAACAUCCGAGAUGCCCUCAAAACGAUCAAGAAAUGGAAAGGAGUCGACGACGUUAUCCCUGUUUUGGAAAAACAUGUUGAAGUUUUAGAGGAGCGCGUUCGAGAACUCUAUCUAAAUCGCAGCGAUCGACGAUAUGAGGUCUUAACACACGGCGAUUUCCAGUUUAAAAACAUGAUUUCGCGUAAUGGAGGACUUAAAAGUGAAGAUUACCUGUUACUUGACUAUCAAUUUUGUUAUUGGUGCACGCCUGCGCCAGAUGUCUUGGCUCUCUUGUACAACAUCUGUCACGAGGAAGUCCGUUUGGAGCAUCGGGAAGAGACAAUUCGCAAAUAUUUUACAAUUUUCACGGAAACUCUUCAAAAAUUGCAGUUUAAAGGGAAAAUGCCGCGAUUAAUUGACCUUCAGUUGGAAAUUUUGCGAUGUGGCAUAUUGGAAUACAUGAAUUUCUUGAUUUUUGUCCCAUUUUUACAAAUUGAUUUUUCAAAGCUGGACCUCAAUGAGAUGGUUGAGAAGAUGGAUUUUCACAGUGCAGGCAAAUUUGUCUUUGAAUCCGAGAAAUUUCAACGAACGUUCCUUGAACGGAUCAGAUUUCUCAUCAACAUGGGAGUUUUUGAUUAAUUUUUAAGUUUUAUUUUUAGGUUUUUCAAUGAAUAAAUGGGCAAAUAGAUGAAAAA